CAAAAAGCUGAUUAACAAAUAGGAAUUCGUGACGUCAUACAAUUACAAGUAAGAAGUAGAGAAGGAAAAGAGAGAGACGGUUAGUUGAAACGAAGGUUAGAUGGAGGCAUGUACUCUACGGAGCUAUCUAUCAGACUGUAAGAAGAAAGAAGUUUAGUACUGGCCAUUAAUAUAUAUAACAACGAGCUCAGUAUCCUACUCCACCAUUCCUCAUAACACUUUUUCGUUUAUCUAUCACGGUAGCAAACAGACAGCAUGGCACCUGCAAAGCCUACAACCUUGACGGAUCUGGUGGAGGAAAAGACACUACAGGCGAGAUUUGUACGGGACGAAGAUGAGCGUCCCAAGGUGGCCUAUAAUCAGUUCAGCAACGAUGUCCCCGUCAUAUCUCUCGCUGGAAUUGACGAAACCGGUGGUCGGAGGGCGGAAAUCUGCCAGAAAAUAGUGGAGGCAUGCGAGAAUUGGGGGGUCUUCCAGGUGGUCGACCACGGCGUCGACGCAAAUCUUAUCUCUGAGAUGACUCGCCUCGCUAGGGAGUUCUUCGCCUUGCCUCCCGACGAGAAGCUCCGGUUCGAUAUGACCGGUGGCAAGAAGGGUGGAUUCAUCGUCUCUAGUCACCUCCAGGGAGAAGCAGUCCAUGACUGGCGUGAGAUUGUGACCUACUUCUCAUACCCACUCUGCACUCGGGACUACUCGAGGUGGCCCGACAAGCCGGAGGGAUGGAGGGCGGUCACCGAGGUCUACAGUGAGAAGCUCAUGGAACUGGCCUGCAAGUUGUUGGGGGUUCUGUCGGAAGCAAUGGGCCUUGAAACCGAUGCCCUCACCAAGGCUUGUGUGGACAUGGACCAAAAGGUGGUUGUAAACUUCUAUCCCAAAUGCCCACAGCCGGACCUCACUCUCGGCCUCAAGCGACACACAGACCCUGGCACCAUUACCCUUCUCCUCCAGGACCAGGUUGGAGGGCUCCAGGCUACUAGAGAUGGUGGCAAGACAUGGAUCACCGUUCAGCCCGUCGAGGGAGCCUUCGUCGUCAACCUUGGCGACCAUGGUCACUAUCUGAGCAACGGGAGGUUCAGGAACGCCGAUCACCAGGCAGUUGUUAACUCCAACUGCAGCCGUCUGUCCAUUGCAACAUUCCAGAACCCAGCUCCUGAGGCUAUUGUGUACCCACUCAAGAUCAACGAAGGAGAGAAGCCGGUGCUAGAUGAGCCGAUCACAUUCGCCGAGAUGUACCGAAGGAAGAUGAGCAAGGAUCUCGAGCUUGCUAAGCUCAAGAAGAUUGCAAAGGAGCAGAAGACGGAAGAGCUGGAAAAAGCCAAGCAGCAGAACAAACCCCAAGUCAUCGAAGAGCUUCUUGCUUAGUUAGUUUGUUACGUGUUAGUUCUUUAGCUGUUCAAAGGGCAUGCAACUGCUUAUUUUGUUACUCUUCUUAACUACUUUUGUGUUACUCUCUUUUCCGUUUGAUCUUUCUCCUUUUGUAAUGUCAUCCUUGGGAAUGAUGUAUGUUUUGUUGGUUGAGGAAUAGUAAAUGUCUUUAUAUUUUCCUUGGUUCAA